ACAAGUGGAUUUUGAUUGUGACGAUGCAGAGUCUACUACUCUCUAAUCAGUCGAACCGAGUCAUUUUGCCUUCAUUCAACAUUAUAGCGCACACACACUGCCGUCACAUCUUCAGUGUCAGCAGUUGUUGCAAAUGUCGUCAGACUCCAAGUCCACCAUGUCCUGCUGGGGGCACUCAAGCGCUCAGAAGCUGAGUGAUUCAUGUAACAAAGCGGCCAACACCAGCUCCUCGGGGUCCCUGAGCCAGGCCUGCACCCCAGGGAGACAGCUUCAUCGCGAGCUCAGUGUUGUCCUCCUGCCCCUGGCCGAACUCCUUUGCUGCCCUGGCUGCGGCACCUUCCUGCAGCACCCCAUCUCCCUGCCUUGUGGUCACUGCCUGUGUCUGGCCUGCCUUGCCACUCUGCGCAAGAAAAAGGCACGCGAGCUGGCGCCCACCCCCACUGACUCUGUCUCCAUCAAUGCCACGCCUGCCCUGGUGGAGCCGUUGGCCGCAUGCCCUCGGUGCCAGGCUAGCUACCCGCUGCUGCCCGGAGCCUGGUCCUUCCCUGCCAACGUGCUGCUGGCACAGACGGCACAGAAGCUGGUGGGUGCCCACCCGGAGCUGCGUCAGCUGCAGCGGCACGUGCCCCUCCUUUGCACCCUGGGCUUUGUGUCCACCUCGUCGCCGUGCCCGCUGCCCGUGGCUGUGGGCCGGCGUCCUGCACCCUGCGAGCUCUGCUCCAAACGCCGGCCCGCCCAGAACUACUGUGCCACCUGCCGUCUCCACUACUGUGCCAAGUGCCUGCGCAAGCUCCACGGCAACCCGGCGUACAGCGCCCACACCCUGGCUGAGCCCGUCCAGGAGGAGGAACGAGAGCUGUGCCCUGUCCACCCCGAGCACUCCCUCACGCACUUCUGCCAGAGCGACGGUACCCUAGGCUGCCACGACUGCAUGGUGCAAUCUGACAGUGACCACCAUGGGCACCUGGUGGCGCCACUGAGCGAGGCACGAACCAGCUCUGAGGCCGUGCUAUGCCAGGCAUUGGAACAUGCCAGCAUGGUCCAGCAGCAGUGUGACUCUGACUGGGAGCAGAUGGAGGCUCUGGCGAUGCGUGUGUCCUCCGGCAGCGCUGAGCUUCGCCGCUCCAUCCGCAACGGCUUCCUGUCCCUGCGCAAUGCCCUGUUCGACCAGGAGGCGGCACUGCUCUCCCACCUGGACGCCCUGAGCUCCAGCACCGACGCUGUGGCCCAGGCCUUCCUGCAGCAUGCUGGCCCACUGAGGCGCUCCCUGACCGGGCUGAGGGAAAUCAGCAAACAGGCCCUCUUGGAGCCGCGGGCAUCUGUGUUUCUGCAGGGAGCCACCGGAUUGGCACGCUGGCUGAGUGCACUCAGUGCCGAGAUGCCACGGCCGGAUACCCAUCUGUUGCCCGCCGGGUACCAGCCACUCGCCGGAGCCGAGUUGCACUUUGACGAGCUCCUGCACGACCUGCAAAGCCUCAUGGGAAAGCACCUGCGCUGGAGGCCCACCGACACUGACACGGUUGUCAUGCCCACCUCCAUCGCCAAAGAGAUGAUCGGUGAGGAAGCAGGGGAGAAGGAGCCAGACGAGGAGGAGCAGGAGGAGGUUGGCAUCGGGGGGGACAUAGACGUGGAAGCGGACGUGGUGCCCAGGCCAGACACUCCCUUGCUGGGCAGUGGAGAUGAGGAGGAGUCCCUGGUGAUGGAGGAGGACCUGGGGAUGCCAGCCGGUGAUGGAGCAACAGAGACUAAAUCCCUGCUGCUGCCCAGACCCCCCAUCAUCUACCAGCACAAUGCCUACGGCACCACCAUGGAGGUGUUCUGGAUGGUUCCAAUGGGGGAGGAUGUGCACUCCUUCGACGUGCACUUCCAGGACGCCAGCAUGGGCGUGGCCAGUGGGCGGGGCGUGGUGACGGGCGGAGUCAAAGGCUGCAGCCUGCAGACUUCGGGUCUCCGCCAUGACACACAGUACCUGUUCCGGGCCCGUUCCGUUAACGAGCACGGCCACGGCGCCUGGAGCUCCACCUACCGGGUGAACACCGGCCGCUCGGAAGAGGGGGAGAAGGAGCAAAGGACCAAUCCGGCUCAGGAGGCGUAACCAUGGAAAUGGGACAUCUGUUUCACUGUCACUUCAUCUGUGACAAAAAAAUCGAGAGGUCUACUUUAUCUUUUUAAAAUGAUCACUUCUUCAAUAAAAACAGACUUGCACUAAG